AUGUCUUCGGCAAAAGCACAAGGCCUGAAAACACUUGGUAUCGAAAUGGACGACCUGGGCCUGGUGCCUGAAGACCUUGACCAGAAGUUAGAGAACUGGGGUCGCGCAAGCGGGAGAAAGCCAUUCGUACUCUACAUGAUACCGACAGGUCAAAAUCCCACCGGCACGACGCAGAGCCUGCAACGUCGAAAGGCCAUAUACGACAUUGCCGAGCGACAUGACCUUUACAUACUUGAGGAUGACCCUUAUUACUUCCUUCAAGUACACCACGCCGCCUCAGGCUUGAAGAACAAACCGCGGGUUGGAGUUGAGACAGCUGAAGAGUACAUCAAGUCACUCCCCGCCUCGUACCUCUCCAUGGAUACUUCUGGCCGUGUUCUCCGUAUGGACACCGCGUCCAAGAUCCUGGCCCCCGGCCUGAGGAUCUACAAGAGAGCCCAUGACAACGGUGUCCUGGUUAGCAAAGGAAGCUGGUUCAGUUCCGAUGUUGACGCGACAGAUGAAAUCUACUUCCGCCUGACGUUUGCUACGGCACCGGCCAAGGAACUGGCUGAAGCUGUUGAAAGGUUCGCAGACGCAGUGCGGUCAGAGGUUCUUCAUGAUCAAAGUCUCCAUUAG